UUACAUAAAAAUGGCAACUCUCUAGCGUUCACUACUAAAAUUUUUUGUGUCGUCUGAUAUCCAACUUCACUAGUGACAAAGAACCUCUAGUGUUUGUAUAAAUUAUGGAAGACCAACAGCAAUACGAGGACAAUUUUACGUCCGAAGAUCAAAAUUAUGGGGACUAUGGAACAGAUUUUAAUGAGGGACAACAAGGACAGGCUAAUGGCGACGUGGAAGAUCAAGGCGGUUCAGGCGGCGACAAUGCCCAAUCUAGUAAAUCUUCUUCCGAAGAAGACAAAAAGCUUUUUAUUGGGGGAAUUAGUAGGGAUACUAACCAAAAGGAUUUAAAGGAUUACUUUUCCAAAUUUGGUGAAGUAACAGAAGUUAACAUCAAAACAGACCCUACUAGUGGUAGAUCUCGAGGUUUUGCUUUUGUUGCAUUUGCUAGCCGAGAAUCGGUUGAUUCCGUAUUGCACAAUGGUCCUCACACUAUUAAAGGUAAACAAAUUGAAGCCAAACGAGCCAAAGUCAGGCCAGGUAUCAAAAAAAUCUUUGUUGGUGGAAUUGAAUCUGACAUGACUGAAGCAGACAUUCGUAACUACUUUGAACACUUUGGAAAAGUAGAAACUGUGGAGCUUCCUUUUGACAAGGUCAAAAACCAAAGGAGACAAUUCUGCUUUGUCACUUUUGAAGAUGAAAUGACUGUUGAUCAGGUUUGUAAGCAGCCUAAGCAAAAGAUAGGAAAUAAGGAAUGUGAUGUUAAGAAAGCAACAACCAAACCUGAUCCAAGGUUGACUCGGGGUGGUGGCAUGGCGGGCCGAGGACGUGGCAGGGGUGGACCUGCUGGAGGUUGGGGACAGGAUUAUGGCAUGCAAGGAUAUGGUGGUUAUGGAAACCAAGGUGGCUAUGGAGGUUAUGGCGGGUAUGGUGAUUAUGGUGGCUAUGGCGGUUAUGGAUCUGGAUAUGGUGGUCCUGGUUAUGGAGGAUAUAACUACAAUGGCUGGGGUGGCUAUGGACAAAAUGGUUAUUCUGGUGGAUAUGGUGCUCAACAGCCACCUGCCCCAGGAAAAGCAAGACGUGGUACCACUACUGGUCAAGGAUAUCAGCCAUACUGAAAAUUUUAAGUCGAGCCAUCCUGCAGUUUCAUGUCCCACAAUCCAACCUCUUUGGAAGGUGUAAAUAGCCUGUGUGUGUUUUAUCCACUUCAUCUCUUAUGCUUAUAAAAUUGUGCAGAACUUUUUUUUUUUUUUUUUUUUUUCUUCAAGUAGCAUGUCCAUGCUUGGUCCAGUGUUGUAAAAUAACGUUUUGUCUGUGUCAAGGCACAUUCCAAUAAAAAGGAAUUCUUGUUAGUAGUUCACACACACACCUGAUGCAUUUUCAGAACAAAUAUAAAUGUGUUUUUUUUA